AAAUCAAAUCCUAAAAUUACAUAACAACCCAACCCCAACCCCGUCAGUCAGGCGUCAGAGGAAAGAGAAAAAUAAAAUAAAAAUAGAUUGGAACAAAUUUAUUGUUUAGGGAAUAUCAAAAUUGAAUCCCCAAACUAUGAAAUUUCCCCAAAUCUGAAUGGGAACAUUUGCCCUAACCCAUUUACCACUAAUCGGAUCCUCCACUAACGACGGUUCCCGGAUCCUUCCUUCAUCGUUUUUCUUCGCCGUUGGCUGAUCUGAGGCACACACCGUCACUGUCACCGUCACCGUCACUGCCACCGUCACCCCUUAAUUUUCUUCAUCAGAGAGAGAUAGAGAUAGAGACACUGGGGAAGCGAAAGAAAGGGAGAGUGAAGCCGGAGAUGGAUUGCGGCGUCGGAUCCAUCGUAUGGGUGCGACGGAGGAACGGGUCAUGGUGGCCGGGUCAAAUACUUGGACCCGAUGACCUCUCCGCUUCUCAUCUCACCUCUCCUCGAUCAGGAACUCCGGUUAAACUUCUCGGCAGAGAAGACGCCAGCGUGGAUUGGUACAAUUUGGAGAAAUCCAAGCGUGUGAAGUCAUUUCGAUGCGGCGAGUUUGAUGAUUGUAUUGAAAGGGCUGAAUCCUCCCAGGGGAUGCCAUUAAAGAAAAGAGAGAAAUACGCCCGCAGGGAAGAUGCCAUUCUUCAUGCUCUUGAACUUGAGAAGCAAAUAUUGAAGAAGCAAGGGAAUUUAGGUGUUGCUUCUGAUCGAAUCAGUUGUAGAUCUUCCAAUUCCCUUAAAAAGGGCAUUGUUACGUUGCCAAUUGAAACACUGGGAAAUGAUAAUGAAAAACAUGCAAAUUCAAAACCAUACGUUUCUCGUGAAAACGAGAUUAUUGGAGGCCAGUUUCCUUCGGACGUAGCAAAGGAUGGCAAUCAACUGAGAGGGGAAGUCGAUCAUUCCGAAGCAAUGCCUCGGAUGAGAGGCUUGCAGGAUUUUGGGCUCAAAACCGCUCCAUUGAAAGGGAGGAUUUUAUCUUCUGUUGAUCCAAACAUUUCUCAGAAACCUCCACUUGAUGAUGGUGCUCGGGCUCUUGCAAGUCGUGGUAGUGCACUUCACACGAAUGGAGCUGGGCAAAUAGGAGUAGCUUGCCGAGCAAAGAGGAGCAGAUUUAUGUAUUUUCCAGCUGAGUCUAGUGAUUCUCUUGAUUACAAAGAGACUCUAGCCAAUGUUGAGAUGUCAUCUUCCCAACUUGGAGGGGAGUUUCCUUAUCGUGGUUCUUUGGUUGGAGAGACUGAAUCUGUCUUUAUGGAUGAAGUUGAAUCUGAUUCUGAAGAAUCAGAUUCUCCUGGUUCCGAUUCAGAUUCUUCUGAGACAGAAGAAGACAUGGAUGAUGAAGUGAAUAUACUUUCAGAUUUUAUUGUAACUGCAGAACCUGGUCGGGACGCAGAAGAACAUGAAAGCACUAGCAGUGAGGAGCCUGAUGAAUUAGCAAUUUCCAGCAACAUGCCUCACCUCUAUCCUCGUGAUCUGAUAACAUAUAAUGAAGCUGUGUCUAAAUGGAAACUAAAAGGGAAAAGGAAUAAUCGGAAUUUGGUAAAGAGGUCUGUUGGUGCUCCUGAUGGAAAAGGUAUUAUAUAUGGAGCAGAAGCAGAUGCUGAAGGAAGAAGAAGUCAUUUGAGCCACAAGAGAAUGGGUCCGAGUUUGCAUUGCUACAGAAAUGAUUUUAGUGAUGCUCUUGAUGACGAUGAUCAAAUGUUUGGGUUGGAAGAGGAAUACUCUCUAACUUCUAGAGCAGUAUCAAAAAGUCAAAAUAAAAUUCAUCGAGGUGUUGAUUGGACUGAUUGGGCCUGGGAUGAUCAUCUUGCUUCGAAAGGAUAUUGGGAUAUUAAAGGAUUUACUCCAAUAUAUGGUGAUCGUUACCGUUUGGGUGGGAUGAUGAGGUCAAUGCUGGUUAAUGUAGAUUUGAAGGUUCAAGCAAGCUAUCGGAAAGAGCCUGUACCCAUUGUUUCUCUCAUGAGUAAGUUAGAUGGGAGGGCAAUAAUAGGGCACCCAGUCCAGGUUGAAACCCUCAAGGAUGGUUCAUCUGAUUUUCUAUUUUCUUCAAUUGAUGACUUCAGUAAUGAUGGGAUUGGUAUUGAGGGAAGUAGUGUGCUUCCACCAGCAUGGAGGACUGCAAGGAGAACAGCAAAUGUUCGCAUUCCACGCCAUGUGUCAUCAUCAAAUGGUGCUGAAGUUGCUGCUGAGUUUCCCUCCUUAGAUCAAGAACGAAACUUUGAAUAUAAAAAAUUAAACGCUGGAAGUUCCAGUCAUAAGGCGAGCCUCCAGAAGAAGAGUGGCCUUAAAAGUCAUCGGUCUUCAGCUGACAAAAAGUCCUUAAAAAAGGUGCCAAAGAAAUUGAAUUUGUCUUCUAGUCAGAAAACUAGAACUCUGUCCUCAUUAUCUAUUGAACAUAAUCUUACAUUACAUGAUGUGUGUAGUUAUCAAACAGAUAGAUUGAUUAAACCAGAAAUCUCUGGGCCCACUACAGUAGCUUGCAUACCAGUUCAGUUAGUAUUUAGUAGAUUACUUGAGAAGAUUAAUAGGCCUCCAUUGAAAGCAUCUAGUAAUGCGGCUUUGCUGAAUACUGGUGUGGAGAGAAAUUCAUAGGUUACAUGUACAUUGUUAUAAGGGAACAAUAAUCUUACAGUGGUAGCACAGUUUAUUGGGGAUGUCUUCUUUCCAAUAUAGGGAAUCCUAUUCAAUUUAUUGUCAGCAUUUUAAGGAUUUUCAUAUAGUUCCCUAUUCAUCCUGUGUAUCUCUAGAUAAAUAAAAGAAACAUGAAAUUGUUUAGCUGCCUUGAAUGUGAGUAUCUAGUU